AUGUCUGUCGACUACCUNUUGCACGAGUCCGGUGUGGGCUAUGCUAUCUUCAAGGUCCGCAUGCAGGCCGACUCGAUGGUCGAGCUCGUCUCCUUCGCUCCCUUCCAGGGCGCUGCCCAGGCUCUCGAGAACGCUAACCUCGUCUCCGAGGGCAUCAUGUCCGACUACCUGAAGACCGUCCUCGAGGCCAACAUGCCCAAGGCUAGCAAGAAGAACAAGACCGUCCUCGGUGUUACCGACAGAGGUCUUGCUGGAAGCAUCAAGGCUGGAUUCCCUUCGCUCGAGUGCGAGACCUCUGAGACUUCCGAAGUUUGCGCCGACCUCCUCCGUGGUUUGAGACUUCACGCCGAGAAGCUCCUCAAGCAGCUCCAGACCGGUGAUGUUGACCGUGCCCAACUCGGUCUUGGUCACGCCUACUCGCGCGCCAAGGUCAAGUUCAGCGUCCAGAAGAACGACAACCACAUCAUCCAGGCUAUUGCUACCAUCGACCACCUCGACAAGGCCGUCAACCUUUUCUCCAUGCGUGUCCGCGAAUGGUACGGAUGGCACUUCCCUGAGCUGGUCAAGAUUGUCUCCGACAACACAAAAUACGCCCAGCUCGCUCUCUUGAUCAAGGACAAGAAGUCUCUUACCGAGGACAACAUCCACGAUAUUGCCGCCAUUGUCGACGAUGACGAGGCCAUUGCCCGCAGCAUCAUCGACGCCGCAAAGGUUUCCAUGGGUCAGGACAUUUCCGAUGCUGACAUGGAGAACGUUAUGGCCUUCGCCGAGCGCGUCGUUUCGCUCAACAAGUACCGCAAGUCGGUUGGCAACUACCUCGUCUCCAAGAUGAGCAUUGUCGCCCCCAACUUGGCUGCUCUCAUCGGCGAGACUGUCGGUGCCCGUCUGAUCUCCAAGGCUGGUUCCUUGACCAACCUCGCAAAGUACCCCGCCUCUACCGUCCAGAUUCUCGGUGCCGAGAAGGCCCUUUUCAGAGCCNNCCUCAAGACCAAGGGCAACACNCCCAAGUUCGGUAUCAUCUACCACUCUUCCUUCAUUGGCCGUGCUGGAGCCAAGAACAAGGGUCGUAUCUCUCGUUUCCUUGCCAACAAGACUUCGAUCGCUUCAAGAAUCGACAACUUCUCAGAGACUCCCACCACCAAGUUUGGUGAGGCUCUUAAGGCUCAGGUCGAGGAGAGACUGAACUUCUACGCCACUGGCGAGGCCCCCACCAAGAACGAGCAAGCAAUGCAAGCCGCAAUGAACGCUGUUCUUGGAGACAUCAACGUCGAGGACCCCACCGCUGGCGCUGCCGAGGACGUCGAGAUGGCUGACGGUGUCACUGCUGCAGCAACCGAGCAGGCCGUCCGCAAGGAGAAGUCCAAGGAUGAGAAGAAGAAGGAGAAGAAGGACAAGAAGAGAAAGUCAAUGGGCGCCGACUCAGACGACGAAGCCGACAAGAAGGAAAAGAAGAAGAAGCGCAAGAGCGAGGGCGUUGACGGUGACAAGAAGGAAAAGAAGAAGUCAAGGAAGAGCAUGUAG